GAUUGAUACACGAGAGGGAAAUACUGACCUCCCUAAGCUCGAUCUGAACGUUCUUGCGGCUUGGAAGAUGGGUGUAACUGGUAAAGGCGUUGUCGUGACUGUACUUGAUGAUGGGAUAGAGCAUACACACGAUGAUCUCCAAAAGAAUUACGACCCUGCAGCAAGUUAUGAUUUAAAUGGAAACGAUGAAGAUCCAUUCCCCAGAUACGAUCCUACCAAUGAAAACAAACAUGGUACAAGGUGUGCCGGAGAAAUUGCUAUGGUAGAAAACAACGGUUUCUGUGGAGUAGGCGUGGCCUAUAAUUCAAAAAUCGGAGGUGUAAGGAUGCUGGAUGGAACUGUGACAGACCAACUAGAAGGGGAAGCAAUCGCGUUCAAUCACGAAUAUGUAGAUGUAUACAGCGCUAGCUGGGGACCCAAUGAUGAUGGGAAAACCGUUGAAGGCCCAGGCAAACUGGCACAAGAGGCAUUUUUAAAAGGUAUCACAAAGGGACGUGGCGGGAAAGGAGUUAUCUACUCGUGGGCGUCCGGAAAUGGAGGUGGUCUGGGAGAUAACUGCGACUGUGAUGGCUACACCGGAAGUAUAUACACAAUUUCAAUCAGUAGUGCCUCGCAAAAACAACUCACUCCUUGGUAUGCGGAAAAAUGCGCGUCAACAUUGGCUACAGCAUAUUCUAGUGGUGCUUAUAAUGAUCAACGAAUUACCAGUACAGAUCUGCAUAAUCAAUGUACACAAGGGCAUACCGGAACUUCCGCCGCGGCACCAUUGGCUGCUGGGAUAUUUGCCCUCGUUCUGGAGGCAAAUCCAAAUGUCACGUGGAGAGAUAUGCAACACAUUGUUGUUUGGACGGCAGAAUAUUCUUCAUUAAAAGAUAACCAAGGAUGGAAAAAGAAUGCCGCUGGUUUUUGGGUAAAUUCUGCAUUCGGCUUCGGACUUUUAAACGCUGUGGAAAUGAUAAAGUUAGCAAAUCCCGGAACGUGGAAGACUGUACCUGAGAAAUCCAUAUGUAGUGUAGUGACGUCAUUGAAUUCCAAUUUACCACAAAAUUUAAGCAGUGGUAAAGAACUUGAAAUCCAGAUGACGACGGACGGGUGUGAAGGCCAGGAAAAUGAGAUCAACUAUCUCGAGCACGUACAGCUCGUGCUAUCUAUGAGCUAUACCAAACGAGGAGCUCUUUCGAUUGACUUGUUUAACCCUUCAGGGAACGUUACAAUGUUGUUGUCAGAAAGGAGCAGUGACGAGAAUACGGAUGGUUUUGAUGAAUGGACCUUCAUGUCAGUACACAGCUGGGGUGAAAACCCUCAAGGAAAUUGGAGACUUCAAAUUAGAGAUAGGAAUGGAAGUCACUUCAAAGGGGUCGUGAAAUCAGUGAAACUUAUUCUCCAUGGUACAAGAGAACAGCCAGAUCACGUGCGAAAAUCGCCUGGCGGCAGACGACAAUAUAACCAUCAUUAUAAUGACGUAUAUGUAGAAAGAAGGAUUAAUAAAGAGAGGAUGGACGAACUAGCAGACGAUCUCGCUAAGUUACGUGAGGCUAUCAGCAGAAGUUUGUAAAAGAACUGCGUCUACUUAACCAAGAUUAUACCAUUACAAAGCUCAAUUAAACUUAUUAAAAUCCAA